CGAAAUCCUCCCUACUUUCUACCAAACUUAUCAAUUACAACAGAUGAAUAGUCUAAGGUCCAGACGACAAGAAAGUACUUCUUAUCAAAUACCAUAUUCCCCAAUCGACGAUUCCUAACAAAGACGCUCUGCCAAUGGAAAUUGGAUAACUUUAGUCGAAAGGAACUUAGUUGCCGGAAGUGGUGAUCGCCUAUAAAGUAUAUUGUUACUAGAGGCUGGUGAACGCAAUGUAAAAAUGACAACAAAAGUGGAAGAAUUUAAAGUAAUACUUGUAGGCGAAAGUGGUGUUGGAAAAACGAGCUUUGUAAUCCGUUUUGCAGAUUCAAAGUUUCAAAACGUUUAUGAAAGUACUGUCGGUGUGGAUUGCAAAAAAGUCCGCGUCGAUGUUGAUGGCACGCCAGCAGAUUUGCAAAUAUGGGACACGGCAGGGCAAGAGAGGUUUAAAAGUAUAGUAAACAGAUUUUUCCGUAACGCAGAUGGAGUCAUCAUCAUGUACGACGUCACAAAAAAAGAAACAUUUGACGAAAUUCCUUGGUGGAUCAAAGAAACCAGGGAAUAUCUAACUGGUAUACCAAUUUUCCUUGUAGGUAACAAAAAUGAUGACGGAUGCCAACCGGAAGUGCUUGAAGAACUUGCUCAAGAUUUGGCGGAGGAAAAUAGGUUAUAUUUAUUCCAAACAAGUGCAAGAGACAAUGUGAAUGUGACAGAGGUUUUUCAUCAAUUAGCAGCCAUGAUGGUAGCUGAUCGGAAAAAGUCACAGGAACCAACGGAUGAAACGAGGUUAUGCGAAAGAAGUGUAGAUUCUGCUUAUGACGUCCGGAGAGUGUUGUUGACGCCAGAUCGCCAAGCGCCGAAAAAAAGCUGUUGCGCUUACUUCGAAUCGCCAGACACUAAGGCUCAUGUGGUGUGAAAGACUAGAUAAUUGUUUAUUGAUCGUCAAUAUGUCAUUUUCUGAAUUAAAAAAUUGCCUUUUUUUCAUAUUUUAAAAGAAAUCAUCAUGAAGAAUAUUAUUGCUCAUCCCAUGGUAGUUCUUUCUCAUUUAACAGUGCUGAAUAAUGUAAGAUGUUUAAAUAAAUUCCUUGUCUUUUUCAUACUGCA